UCGCCAAAACAUGACAGUAGUUGACCGUGACGCAUCAUCAUUUGUGAUGCAGCGUGUCCAUCCUGUCUGCUGUGACCAUAUAAAAUGAUGUCUGAAUCGAAGCAAAACAUAGUUGGGCUAUCACCAUGGCGAAGGUGGCUCUAAUACUGACGCUGGUGGUGUUAUGGUCUAUGGCCAUAUCUGCUAUUCCUGGAAAAAGGAUAAGACGCGGCUACAAUAAUAGCGGGUAUGGUGGCGGAUACGGACGCGGGAGCGACGAGCGGGACGCUAGUAAUAGCAACGAAAGCAGUAAUGGAUGUAGCAGUGAAAACAACAGAAAUUACAGCGGCAGUCGUGAAACGGCCUACAAUAGAAACGGACGGCAAUAUAACGACAACGCUCGAGGCACGCGGUCGUUCACAAAAGCAUCCGCUUCCGCCGCCGCUAGCUCCUUUAGCCAGAACCUCAAGACUAACAAUGUGUCUUAGAUUCAAUGCGAACAAAAACAAUGAACAUAGUUCAUAAUUUGUUUUAUUAAUUUUGUACGCUUUUACGAUUGUAUAUUGUAUCACUGUAAUUACAACUUAAUAUUUUUAAAACUUAUUUAUUUAUUUAUUUAUAUGCUUUUGUACAUUCACUAAUAGUAUAGAUAUUAGGUUAUAACAAAAAUGUACACAAGCGGACUUAUCCCUUAAAGGGAUUUUUUAAAGUCACUUUGAGAACCCAAAACGAGAAAGUGUAUAUAGGGUUUGUAUAUAAAGCAUAACAUAUAUGUAUACUUAUGUUAUUUUUUUAUAAUUGUUAUAACUGGACAACGGAAAUUUAAUUAAUCUAAAAUAAUUAAAUGAAUCGUUGUGUAGUUAAUAUGUAAAUAAUUAAUUACACAUUAUUAAUUUAAAAUUAAUUAUUAUAACAAAAGUGUAUUUAAAAAAGCGUAUACAUAUAUUUUUACAUGGAUUGUCAUCAUGAUAUGAUCUCUGCCUACUCCAUACAACGUGAACUACUAAUAACAUUAUCAAGUACCUGCACGCCUACUUAUAUAUGUUUAUAUCAUAACUGGACAACGGAAAUUUAAUUAAGUGUAAAAAAAUAAUUAAAUGAAUCGUUGUAUAGUUAUAUGAAUAUAAUUAAUUUUACAUUAUUAAUUUAAAAUUUAUUUUAUAAUCAAAAGUAUAUCACGAAAGUAUAAACCUGUCUUCUUAUAUGGAGCUUCACCAUGGUAUGAUCUUUAUUUGCUCCAUAAGACGUAAACUAUUAAUAACAUGAUCAAGUAACUGCACGCCUACUAAAACAUAAUUAUUAAGUAAUUCACAUUGUUACUACGUAGUAUUGUCGUUAAUUUAUUUUUAAGCCAAACAUGAUUUAUCUAUUCAUAUAAUGAUAUACCAAAAAAGUAAUUUUAAAUGCAAUAAACACGAACAAAGACUUAUUUUUUCUCUCUAUUAUUACUACUCGAUCUGAUAGGCGAUCUUCUCAAAAUUACCGUAAUUAAAAUAAUAAGAGGUAAUUAAUAUUAACUAAUUA